AUGGCUACAUCUGUAGAUUUACUUUCAAAUCUCUCUAAUACUUAUACUUUGAAGAAUGAUGUGUUCUUGCCCUCUUUAAUAGAAAAUGUGUCACUUUUAAUCAUACAGUAUCUACAGUGUGAGGCUGGUAUUGAGAAGAAGACAUGCACAAGAAUAAUAUUUCACACAUCUUUAACCUGGGAUUUCCGAAUCUCCACAGCCUCAAUAGUCCUGUUUUCAUUCCUGCUCAUCGAUUACUGUGUCAUCAUAUGCGGUAAUGUUAUUAUUAUUGCUUUAGUUUCCGUAAACAAAAAUCUCCACUCACCAAUGUAUUUCUUCAUCACAAUAAUAGCUCUACUGGACAUCCUGAUGACCACGGACAUUCUCCCCAACUUACUUUACAUUGUCCUGCACAAUGGUGGCACCAUGUCUCUUGUUGCCUGUAUAUUACAGUUUUUUGUGUUUGGUAAAUCAGAAAUAUUCGAGUGUCUAAUCCUGACGGUGAUGUCUUAUGACCGUUAUGUGGCUAUCUGCAACCCACUGCGAUACAGCUCUAUAAUCAACAAAAGAUUAUGUCUUGUAUCUGUCAUAGCGUCAUGGUUUUUGAGUUUCUUGUUGGUGUUGAUGAAUGCAGUAGCUACAUACAAAUUAGACUUCUGUGGACCUAAUGUUGUUGAUAAUUUCUUCUGUGAUUUAACUCCUAUUCUAGAGCUUUCAUGUUCUGGUACUUCAGUAUUCCAAAACCAGACCAUUUUAAUUUGUGUUGUUUCCCUUGUAUUCCCAUUUAUUAUAAUCUUUGUUUCUUAUGUGUAUAUCAUCACCACCGUCCUAAGCACCCGUUCCAUCAGUGGGAGACAGAAAGCCUUCUCCACCUGCAGCUCCCACCUGACUGUUGUGUGUAUAUUUUUUGGAUCUCUUAUUACUGUGAAUAUGGUUCCAACUAGAGGACAAUUAAGAGUUAUCAGUAAGAUACUAUCGCUGCUUUACACUGUGGUGACACCACUGCUUAACCCAUUCAUAUACAGCUUGAGGAAUAAAGACUUUAAGAAAGCUUUUGAAAAAUGUUAA